AUGGUCUGGAAGGCCCGGACGCAAAACUCAGCCACUCCUCUCUUCAUGGAUUUACAACACCCCUCUCCCCUCACUUCAUCUCUGUCCCACAUCGCUGGUGUUGACAGACCAGACUUUGAAGGUGAAGCGGGGACUGUGGUUGAGCUGGUGGACUGGUCGUGGUGCAAGGUCGGGUUGUCAUUCCGGAAUUCGUCGGGGCAGGUCAGCUCCUCUCCGCUGGGCUCCCCCACAUCCCACAGAGGGAUGCACCCGUCCCUGCUCAGUCCCACCUCCAUGGGUCCCGCAGGGUCUCUGCACUCGCCCAUGAACGGCCUGGCCUCCCCCUUCUCCGUCAUCAGCUCGCCCAUGGGCCCUCACUCCAUGAACUCCCCCGGGAUGGGCUACGGACCCAGUGUUAGCCCCCAGGUAAGCUCCGACAAACAGUAA